AUAAAAACAACAGCACUGGUCAGGUUGUCCAAUCUCAAAAAUCAAAGGCAUCUCGCAAUUUUAGCUUCCUUUAAUCCAGAUCCGCAACUUUCUCUCUCACCCUUCAUUUUUAACCAAAGCUUCAUUUCAUCAUCAUAAUAUUUUUCAUUUUUUUUCUUAUUUUUAGAUUUUCCGUUAUUGUCCCCCCUUUCCAUCUUCUAAUCUAUGCAUGAAAAAUUAUUUGUUUAUUUUUUUUAAAUUUUUGAAAACAGAAGGAAAUUAAAAACACACCAGAAUUCCUGCAUAAGACAUUGGAUUGUACUUUAUAUUUUAUUUUCUUUUAUUUUCUUUUGUUAUUUUACAAUAAACAUAAAAUAAAUGUAUAUAAUGUAAUCUUUAUGUUCAAUGCCGGAAUUCUGGCCUCGGUUUUGAUUUCCUUGUCUUCAUCUUCUUCUUCAUUGUUCUGUUCAUUCUUGCAGACCAUAUUUUCCAUUUACAUUCUUGAAUUCAAAUCAAAUCAAUUCUUGUUUCUCCUUUGAAUCCUUUAUUUUCCCUUCUUGGGUUUCAAGAUUGAAGGGUUUUGGAAUUCUCUGUGCAUUUGAUAUCCUAAAGAUUUUUUGGAUAUUUUAAGGUGCAUUGAUUUGUGAGAUUACCAGGAAAAGAAAAUGGUAAAUUUGGGUUUCCAGCAUAAAUGCUGUGAAACCCACUUUGAAUGAUAUUGCAAAGGGUAAUGGUUUCUGCAUGUAUUCAACAGGAAUUCCCUGUUAGGCUGAGGUGAGAUUAUUAUGGGCUGCAUCUGCUCCAAAGGAGCUGCAGAUGAAGAUAUUAACAUAAACGAAAAUGAAAGAGAUAAAGAGAAGCAGAAUGAAUUUGACAAAUCAUCGGUGCAAUUGGUUGCUCCAGCACUCUCCAAGAAGGAGGAAGAUGAUUUUAGCCGCAAAGAUGGAUCUGUUCGUCGCGUUUCAAAGCCAGGGGCAGCCAUUGUUCCAUUAGAAGGUGGAGGAGAAAAGAAUAUAAAGAUUGUUCAUAGACCUUCAAUAGGUCGUCAUCAUCAGAGAAGGGCAACAAUGGAUUUUGGUUCCAGUGGAUGCCACAACCAUCUGGGUAGGAUUGUUAGCAUGCCCCAUGGGCCUGAAGGGGAACUAAUUGCUGCAGGUUGGCCACCAUGGUUAACCUCAGCUGCCGGCGAAGCCAUCAAAGGUUGGCUUCCUCGACGAGCAGAUUCCUUUGAGAAGCUAGACAAGAUUGGACAAGGAACUUACAGCAGUGUAUAUAAAGCCCGAGACCUCGAAACUGGGAAAGUUGUUGCAAUGAAGAAAGUUCGAUUUGUGAAUAUGGAUCCUGAAAGUGUACGUUUCAUGGCUAGGGAAAUCCAUAUCCUGCGUAAACUUGACCAUCCAAAUAUCAUGAAACUUCAAGGUAUAGUCACUUCCAGGAUGUCUGGAAGCUUGUACCUUGUCUUCGAGUACAUGGAGCAUGAUCUUGCAGGACUUGCAGCAACUCCUGGCAUUAAGUUUACAGAACCACAGAUUAAAUGUUAUAUGCAACAACUUUUUCGUGGCCUUGAACAUUGUCAUGACCGUGGGGUACUACACCGAGACAUCAAGGGUUCAAAUCUUCUGCUUGAUGAUAAUGGAGUUCUCAAGAUUGGAGACUUUGGUCUGGCAACCUUUUUUCAACCUGAUCAAAGUCAGGCUUUAACAAGUCGUGUCGUCACCCUCUGGUAUAGGGCACCUGAGCUUUUACUUGGUGCUACACAAUAUGGAGUAGCCAUAGAUUUGUGGAGCACUGGUUGCAUUCUUGCUGAGUUAUUUGCAGGGAAGCCUAUUAUGACAGGAAGAACAGAGGUGGAGCAAAUGCAUAAGAUUUUUAAGCUUUGUGGUUCGCCCUCUGAAGACUACUGGCAGAAAACAAAACAGCACCAUGCAACUAGUUUCAAACCACAACAGUCUUACAAGCGUUGUGUCACCGAGACAUUCAAAAACUUUCCCCCUUCAGCUCUGUCUCUUGUUGAUAAGCUCCUGUCAAUGGAACCAGAAGCUCGGGGUUCUGCAACUUCAGCUCUAAGGAGUGAGUUCUUCAAUACAGAACCCUUACCUUGUGAUCCAUCAAGUAUUCCAAAAUAUCCUCCAAGUAAGGAAUUGGAUGCAAAGGUUCGAGAAGAAGAAGCAAGAAGGAGAAGAGCAGAGGCUAAAGGACGCGGAGCAGAAUCUAUAAGAAUUGGUACUAGAGAUCUUAAGAGAGACAAUUCACCAGAAUUCAUUCCUCAGGGGCAGACAAAAACUACAAGCACAAGUUACAAAUAUGAUAUCCAAGAAGAUGCUGGUUCUGGUUUCCGAAUCGAGCCUCCCAGAGUGGCUAAUAAGAACAGUGUUUUAUCUCAGUCUAGUUCAAUGAUUCAUCCUGUAAUAGGAUCAUCGUUAAAUAAGAAUGUAGGCUCUUCAAGACAUAAAACAGAAGUGAAGACCCAGAAAUCUUACAUGCCUCAGGCUGCUGUAGACAUCUCCAACACCUCUCUUGAGAAGGAUGAAAGAGUGCCUGCCAAAGAUUCUAUGGGGUAUGUUCCCAGGAAAAACAGGAUUCACUACUCUGGACCAUUGAUGCCUCCUGGAGGAAACAUUGAGGACUUACUUAAAGAACAUGAGAGACAAAUCCAACAAGCUGUUCGCAAAGCACGUCUCGAGAAGUCUGGAACCAAAAGUAACCUUGAUGGAUAGAUUCAUCAGCUACAUGAGUGAUCAACAAAAUUACUCAGACUCUUACAUCUUGCAAGGAAGAAUCCUUCUUUCUGGUGUCUAUUUUACUCACCUGCAGAACACAAUUGCAAACCAGCAGAACUUCCAGGGAGACAAUAGCAUUGCAUUGCUGGGUUUGACUAAGAUAUAGCUGAUUGUACUUGAGUAGGCAUUGCCAGAUAACUCUUUUGCAGUGAUAUUUUUAAAGGAAAAUACAAUUGUGUAUGAAGCAAGAAGGUUCUUUUUGGUAUUAUUUGAAUAUUACAGUUGAAAACGGUGGGAAUUUGCUUUGCAAAGUGGAUCGGGCUUGUUGGGUAGUAGCUGGUUAUCAUACAUUGUAUAGUAUCCAAUAUCUUCUUCCAGAAAUCAUUGUAUUUAAUCAUGAGGGAAUAGAUUGGUUCUGGGUGUUCAUAUUUUAAACAA